ACACUAUGGUUGAUGGGUUUUUGAGUGAGAAUUUCACCCUGAUUACAGUCAUACAGUGUAGUAGAUACGUUGGUUCUAACCUACUCUAAAAUACGUUUCUCAAAGCGACUGAAUUGUUUCCAAAAUGAUCACCGCUGUGACGCUAAUUAUCAUAUUAUACGUUACAGCAAGAAGAAACUUAUUAGUCAGGCUCUGGCGUAAACAGAGAUUAAUCCUUAAAAAAUAGGCAUAUAUAAGUUUUAUUUACACAUCACUCGCUGCAAUUUUCAGGCCAUGAACAAUGAAAAUUUGCUUAAGACUUGUUCACGUCAGCCUCGUGGUGCCAUUGAAUGAUAUACAGUGCUGUGAUUGGUUCUUGUAUUUGAUCUGCGACAAAAGUGCCGCUGAAAAGUUUGUCUUUUAAAAGAUAAAAGGAUUAUAUACUUCAUUGCUUCUAAAACUUCCUGCGUGUGUUGGAGUGCUGGGAAAAUAGUGGAAAAGCAGCAUAAGAGAGAGCGGUAAAAGUCAAAGGUUGUCGCCGCUACCUCUGUGAGCAUUGUUGGAUUUCAAGCAAGAAGAAAAGUUGAACAGUUUUAACUCGUUUUUUGUUGAAAAGAAACCCAGUUUUCAGGAUUACACAGGGAAUAAAGUAGGCUAUAUAAUUAUUAAUAUUUCCUGCCAUUGCUUAAUGCCAUAAAUCGACGCGAAAAGGUUUUCCCGCGAAUACUCUGGAGAGCUCUGGAGAGCCUGAAGGUGCCGCGUUCAGGAAGGAAGCCGCUCUGCAAGCUGUCUUCAGCAGGAGACGACAGUGUUAUUGUGUAAACUGUCCGUGUGUUUGUAUUGUACAAUAUCAUAUUCAAAGUUCGAGUCUACACUUGUGAGUUAUGUAAUGUACAUUUUAAGACGAGCGUGUACUUUACAUUUAAUCAAAGAGGAAUGGAUAGGACUGAGGUUGUAUAACUCCAAGUUGCCGCGUCUAUAAACCGAUUCUUAUGCUGUGGCAUCAUAUAUUGUUUGUUAACCGGUUGAGAAUAAGUAAGGAGAACUAAUUUGAUGCCGGCUUGCGGCUACGACAGAGUAAAGAAAGGUGUUUAGAAGAUUAUAGGCUGAUUUUUAUAUCAGUUUGGCUCGAAACAAAGGAUUAUUAAGUUACAGAAUAUAUCUGACAUAUUGUGGGACGGCACCGCGGGAAACUUCAUAGAAACAUAUUGUCAGUACCUUUGAUAAGAUAAAGCAUCUGAUUUAGUGCGGAACUCUGAUGUAAAUACAGUGUUUGACUGUAGACAAGAGGUAGAAUUCGUGAAGACUUUUCAGGGUAUUGUAAAGGAUAUACAUUUGAAAUCACGUUGAAAAAAACUGUUGACAAAAACAGAAGUUUACAAGUAAUAAAGAAGACAACAAAAUGGAUGACAAUCAUGACACGUCGAGAAAUAGGACAUUCAUGAGAGGAAAGGUUAAGAAUGCCAGAGCUGAGGAAUUACUUGCUUUGCUGAAAGCUGAACGAGAGUUAAACGAUUUAGAAAAAACAGAUAUACCAAAUACACUGACGAAGAGGCCAUUAUUGCCAGCAAUACGACAGACGUCGAGCGAUGAAAUCUCCGCCGUGUGUUGCGAUACAGCAAACUUUCCUGUAACCAAACUAAACUCUCGGUUUCUAUGGAAAGAUUUGGACUGGGAAGAGAAGGACGAGGAGAAGACGUGGAACAGCGAAAAGAGACGAAGAGAUAGCGAGAGUUUUAUUCAUCAGAAAGAAUAUUGGGGUUACGAAAACACAACAAAGAAUCUUCCUCCGUUAAAAACAAGAAGAAGUUAUUCGCACGGUGUUGUGAGACCAAGCUGCCCAGAGCCCCCGAUGACCCCAUGUUUUGAUAAAAGCUCACAGUAAUUUGCCGGCAAAUUAACGGAAGGUGCGUUGACGCCAUCUGUGUACAAUUUCUUCAGUUUCAGUAUCCGCGGUUACCCCACAGGCAUCUCAUAAUCGUUCAUGACUGAGCAUAAUAUACUGUUUGCACUUUGCUGGUGAGUAAGAUAACAUCAUAACGAGCUUCGGGGAAUAAUCUUAUUGCAUCAAAGUUGUCACAAUAGUUGACAGCAACAUGGGGUCCACUUUCAUGCACGUAACUUUUAAAAUACAUUUCGACCGCGCAGGAACUGAACAGUUCACGUUGUACGAUUUACGAGCAAGUUCACCCUUAGGAAAGUAAAUCUUUUUUAGAAAAUUUUUCUCUAAAUGAAUUAAAUCUAAGGAAAGAUAUAAACUACCGAGUUUUCUCUCGCUGUUUGGAAACCAACAACUAUUGAGGAGUCCUGCCUCGUGUUCUUCUAUUUCUAUUGCAAUUUGCAACUCUUCAGCUUGAUAACACAGGCAAAGGUCUUCCCAUUCAUGUAAUCAAUCCAGUCAGAAUAAGAUUAUCAUGAUUAUUAUGCAUGCAAGGAAAGGGAUCAAUAUUAAGAGCAGAAGUUAUAAAUUAUUUCAAAGUUCUUUGUCUUCCUGUUUUUUUUUGGUCAUUCCUCACUUUCAUAUACGAGGACUGACCAAUAUAAAUGAUUUGGGGAAAGCUAGAGGCGGGAAUGACACUGUUUCAGUUAUCGAUGAUUGUAAUGUACGGCAAUAACAGAUUAUUACAUACAUAAAAGUAAUUACUAUAUAGUAAAAUCUACUGUUCAAGCUCUAAAAUUUAAUCGUUUGUAAUAUCAUGCAGAAACACAGCAUUUACACAUGGAAUUAUUGAUCAAAACGGAUGCUCUCUGUUAAUAUCGAUGAAUACGGGAGUUUGUCAAUGUAAUUUAAAAAAAGAUAGAGAAAAAGUUGUAUAGCAAAAAUGAAUUAUUAAUUUAAUUCCUCUGCUAAUAGUACGAAGCAUGUCUACGAUUAUAAUUAUGUUUGUCCAACCGUCAUCAAUGCAUGCGCUAUCCAGUUUCAAUACUUCAUAUACCUUGUUGCAACAUCAUGUGACGAGAACAGCUUACAACAUAUACUUUAGCCGAUAUUUAAAAAACUAUUUUACAAAUCACCAUUUCUCUUACUGCAAAAUGGUUGUACAAUCCUCAUGCGUAACGGAUAUGAUAAAAAUGUGUGUGUACAUUGUCAUGUAAAUUACUUUCUUGCAGUCAAUGAAAUUUAAGCGUUCCUGUUUGACAUCGAACCAAUGAAAGAUUAGGACGCAUCCUAUUACCUAUUCUGAAUACAUGAUUUGAACAUUUAAGAUGUUAAUCAACAGCUUUAUGCAUAGUUUAAGUGAAAUAAGGCGGGGGUAUUCAUGCCAGCUCUGACUCAGCGUUUGUUUGGUAAAAACAUUUUUUUGAACCUUUGUGUAAGAAGCGUACACUAACAUGGGAGCCAGGGUGUCAAGAUCUGACUUUGAAUGGAGCUAUACGGAUGAGCCGCAUGCCACAAGGCGAAAACAGAUAUUAAAAGCACAUCCCGAGGUGAAGAAGCUGAUGGUUGUGGAUCAUCGUUUCAAAUACCACGUUAUACUCCUAGUUAUCCUUCAACUUCUAGUGAUACCCUUAAUACCCCAUCUCUCGUGGACCUCAUUCUUCUUGCUCACCUAUUUCUACGGCGCGGUCAUCAACCAUGCAAUCCUGGACGCAAUCCACGAAAUCUCCCACAACAUGGCGUAUGGAAACUCGAAGCCGCUGUACAACCGUUUAUUCGGGAUGUUCGCAAACCUGCCCACGGCCGUACCGGUCAGCGUUACUUUCAAACGUUACCAUCAAGAUCAUCACCGUUUCCAAGGCGAUGAAGACUUAGAUCCAGACCUCCCAACCGAGUGGGAGGGACGAUUUUUUGCGAAUAGCUUCACGAAAGCGAUAUACGUUGGCCUGAUACCAUUUUUUUACAGUCUUCGACCACUAUUUGUAAACCCCAAAAGUCCAACCAUAUUAGAGUUCUUGAAUUAUGUGACCCAGUUAUCAUUCGACGCUAUCGUGUAUUACUUCUUUGGCAUACGACCUUUGGUUUACAUGUUAUUAAGUGCUCUAAUAGGCACAGGUUGGCACCCACUCGGCGCGCAGUUCAUUGCAGAGCACUACAUGUUUCGUAAAGGACAGGAGACAUUCUCGUAUUACGGUCCAUUCAACUACAUCACAUUCAACGUCGGGUAUCACAACGAGCACCAUGAUUUUCCAAACAUUCCUGGAUCUUUGCUGCCGAAAGUGCGCGAGAUUGCGCCAGAGUUUUACAACAACAUGCCACAUCAUUCGUCCUGGCUGAAAGUUAUCUACGAUUUCGUGUUUGAUCCAGAGAUCAAUCCUUACGCACGCGUCAAACGCUCUGUCAAACAGCGCGCCAAUAAUAACGCAUGCGCAGACAAAACGCACGAAGAUUGAACGAGUGUGGCACGUAUGACCACGAACUACUGGUGCAGUUCGUUUUACAUAUAUGAAGACAAGUUAGUAUAGCUACGAACAAAAUCAAAUGAGUGCAUAUUAUUUAUAACAUUAGCCGAGGACAUGUGUAUCAUAUAUAUACGCGAACUUUUGUUGUGAAUUUCGUAGUACCAGAGUCUACUUAAAUAAAUUUUUCAGCGCAAUCAAAUCUCUUGCUUUU